AUGUCGCAGUUUGGCGGUCCGCCUACCGCAUUGCAGCUAUCCUCGGUCUCGCCCAUUUCACCCGUUGCCGCCUCGUCAACAUCGCCUGCAGGGGGGCCGGCCCACGCCGCUCCGCUCUCCGCGAGGAGCGGUGGUGGUAGUGGCGGAGGUGGGAGUAUCGGCGGUGGGGCCGGCUCCGGGCAUCACGGCGCCGGGCCUUCGGACGACACGCCAUCAUCGCAGGCGCAGGGUCAGCAUUCCCAACACAAGCGCGUCUAUCAAGCCUGCAUCCCCUGCCGGCGACGCAAGGUGCGCUGCGAUCUUGGGUCCGUUGAUGACCCCCACGACCCGCCAUGUGUUCGCUGCCGUCGCGAGAGCAAAGAGUGUUACUUUAGCGCCACGCGCCGGAAGCGCAAGGUCGACGAUGGCCCGCUCGAGGAUUCGGAGCAGGACGACUACAUCCUGCGUAACGGGCGGAAGCAGUUGCGCACCGCCGCAGCCUCGCCCCCUCCCACCAUCGACCGCCGAUUAUACAGCGAUGUGCCACUCACGCCGGGGGGCAGCCACGGCCGGUCGCAGCCCCUAAGACGACCCGGUGACGCGCCCAAGAGCGCAAGGAGCAAUAGCACCGCUGGCGAGUUUGGAAACGGAGAGCCCAAUACACCGCUUGAGAACCUGGAGGCCCAAAGCGUCAUGCGCAGGGAGGUCUAUGGGCCACACGACGCGUUGGAUUUGCUUUAUAAGGCGGCAACUGAUAACGCGUCGCACAAGCCGGAUGAUAACCCUCCACCCACACACAACAAUGUCAACCACCACAAUCACCACAGUUACCACCAGCCUAACCAACACCAUGCCCGCCGCGAUACUGGGCCCCGCCAGCCUCCCAAUACAAUCACGCCCGGGAGCUACCAUGCCCGGCAUGUCUCGCGCCAGGAGGGUCCGCCGCCGGAACAAGCCAUCGAUCCAGAGUUGACAAAGCGUGAUCGGACGAGCGAGCCAGGGUACAACGAAGCGAUGAAGGCAUGGGGCAGGUUCCGUUUCGUGCGCGCGGGAUGGUUCACAGCGCAGGAAGCGAUCGACUACAUCGACUACUACUAUACAUAUCUGUCACCCCUCACCCCCAUUUCACCCCCGACGUUUAACAACCCGGCAUCCCAUAUGACGCUGCUGACCGAGGAGCCAAUACUCACCGUCACGCUUUUGACUAUCGCAUCCCGAUAUCGCCGCAUGCCCGGGACGGGCGGCCACUGCCGCUCGCACGCCAUUCACGAGCAGCUCUGGACAUAUCUUCGGGGCAUGAUCGAGCGGGUAGUCUGGGGUCAGGAAGCCUUCGGUGGUGGCUUCUGCGGUUCUGGGGCCGAGGACAUACAGAGCUCCAGCACGGCGCCGUGGCGAGGGCUGCGGAGGGGCAGCCUGCGGACCCUCGGGACCAUCGAGUCGCUCAUGAUUUUGACGGAGUGGCACCCGCGUGCGCUCCAUUUCCCACCGAACGAGGCUACUGACGAGCUGAUAUUACCGUCCUACGACCCACCCACCCCGGGCGAACUGGGGACAGGUCAGAAGCCAGCAGUUGGGACAGUCGGAAUUGGAGGAAGGCGGAUCGAGAGUUGGCUAGAACCUGCGUGGCGGAGCGAUCGCAUGUGCUGGAUGUUGUUGAGCACAGGUAUGGGGCUGGCAUACGAACUCGGAGUGUUUGACGACAUCGAUGAGUUGCUAGCUGCCGGUGCCAUUGCGCGUCCGGAAUAUGAGGACGAGGCCUACCGUAUGAGAGCCAGCCGUAUCAAGAGGCUCCUCUUAAUCUACCUGAGCCAGCUUGCCGGCCGCCUCGGUUGGACCAACAUGGUACCCGAGAGGCUACGCAAGUCGGACCCGGCUUUUGCUCGGAGGAAGCGCCAUUCCGCUGAGGGCAAUACUCCUGGGACCAACCCUUCGUCGUUAUCCAACACUUUCAACUAUAUCCCCGACCUGGAGCUGGAUGACCAAAUCAUCCACUGCUGGGCAGGAAUCAGCAACGCCAUGCAGGUCGGCAACGAACGACUAUUCCGUUCGCGCAAACACACUACCGAAAUCAUCCAGAGCGGCAAGUACAUCGAGCUUCUCAUGGAGUUUCAGCCGAUGCUCAAGGAUUGGUGGAACCAGUUUGAGCGCUUCCGGCUGCCCCCUUACAUCCGACACAUUCUGACGAUUGAGUACGAAUACGUCCGGAUCUACAUCAACUCACUCUCCCUUCAAGCGGUCGUUGAGCGAUGCACUAGUAAUGCCGGGGGCGGGAGUGCGCCCCAGCUGUCACCACAAACACAAAACUACUACGGUAAACUACCCCUAGGUCAGCUCGGCGGCUUUGGCGCUGACGACCAAGAAUACGUUCGCGAAGUUGUCGGGGGCAGCCGCAACCUUCUACGUACCGUCGUCGAAGGCUUGUUGCCAGGGGAUUACCUCAAGCACGCCCCAGUGCGCACCUACUUCCGCAUCAUCAGCGGCGCCAUGUUUUUGCUUAAAACGUUUGCGCUGGGCGCGCCCAAGUCGGAUGUCGAGAUGAGCAUCCAACUGAUGGACCGGACCGUAGACGCGCUACGUAACUGUGUCGUGGACGAUGUGCAUUUGGGGAUUCGAUUUGCGGAUAUGCUGGAGACGUUGACGAGCCGAUUGCGGAAUCGGUUUAUUUAUGCGCCCCCGCCGGCUGCAGCGUCGACGACGGAUGGAAGGUCUCCAGGGGCGAUGCCUAGUGGGGACGUUGGGAAUGGGAUCAGUGGGCUGGGCCAUAGUGGUGGGUCGUCCAAUGAGUUGUGGAUGAAGUUGAGAGAGGGGCCUGCAAUGGACCGCUCCACGACCCCGGCUAACAUCUCCGCCACCCCUUGGGACCUCACCGCCGGCAAUUUCCCCUACCCAGCGGGCCCAACCUCCGUGUUUGGUCCCGCUACCCCGGCGGCCACCACCGGGCUCGACAACACCACUAACUCGAACACCAAUCCCAACGGCAAUACCAACAACGGAACCACGAAUGGAGCCAAUGGUAACGUGGCUGAUACUAACGGCGGCCUCUUCGACAACAGCACUGACUGGACCAAUCCCAACAACGAGAUGUGGUACCUCCCCACAGGCCCGGCGUUUUUCCAGAAUAUGGACAACAACGCUGUGGCGAUGACAGCGGAAGGGGUCAAUGUAGGCGGGCUGGAUCUGCUAGAGUACAUGGCGAUGGACCCGAUGGAUUCGAUGGAUCCAACAUCAAUGGAUGGCGGGAGGGGGUUUGGAAUGGAUGGGGGUCCGUUUUAG